CCUCGAACAGGAUGUAGUCAUUUGAGCUUGUUGAUCCACUUCCGUUAGCAUGUUGUGGUUGUUAAAUCCCUAGACUGGUUAAAUCUGUAAACGUUUUUUUGUAUCGCUUAGGACGGGAGAUAAGUGAAAGGUGUGACAUAACCAGGCAACAGAGGGAAGCGGGCUUUGGCCAGUAUUUUAUUAUUAUUUAUCCACCGCAGCUGUGCAAGUAAACACAAACGGUGUAAGGUUAACGUUAACACAACGUUGCUAGAUGUGACCUUAGAAUCUGUUAACAUGAGUAACAGCCACCCUUUGCGACCACUGGCCUCUGUGUCGGAGAUAGACCACAUCCACCUGUUGUCAGAGCAGCUCGGCGCGUUGGUUCCCGGCGAGGAGUACAGCGAUGUUACCUUUCUUGUGGAAGAAAAAAGGUUUCCUGCCCAUCGGGUGAUCCUGGCAGCUCGCUGUCACUACUUCAGGGCGCUGCUCUAUGGGGGCAUGAAGGAGUCCCUGCCGCAGGCGGAGGUGUGCCUGGAGGAGACGCGUGCGGAGGCCUUCUCCAUGCUGCUCCACUACCUCUACACGGGCCGCGCCAGCCUCAGCUCUGCCCGGGAGGAGGUGCUGCUGGACUUCCUGGGCCUGGCGCACCGCUACGGCCUGCAGCCGCUGGAGGACUCCACCUCGGAGUUCCUGCGCACCGUUCUUCACACCAACAACGUGUGCCUGGUGUUUGACGUGGCCAGCCUGUACUCUCUGAGCGCGCUCAGCACCGCCUGCUGCGCCUACAUGGACCGCCACGGGCCCGACGUGCUGGGCUCCGACGGCUUCCUGACGCUCUCCAAGGCCGCCCUGCUCACGGUCGUCAGGAGGGACUCGUUUGCCGCCACCGAGAAGGAGAUCUUCCUGGCGCUGAGCCGCUGGAGCCGUCACCACGGCGACGGCGAGGACUCGCAGGAGGUGAUGUCGGCGGUGAGGCUGCCGCUGAUGAGCCUGACGGAGAUGCUGAACGUGGUGCGGCCCUCGGGCCUGCUCAGCCCCGACCAACUGCUGGACGCCAUCAAGACCCGCUCUGAGAGCAGGGACAUGGACCUCAACUACCGGGGAAUGCUCGUCCCGGAGGAAAACAUUGCCACCAUGAAGCACGGGGCCCAGGUGGUGAAGGGGGAGCUGAAGUCAGCGCUGCUGGACGGAGACACCCAGAACUACGACCUGGACCACGGCUUCUCCAGGCACCCCAUCGAGGAGGAUGGCCGAGCAGGCAUCCAGGUGAAGCUGGGCCAGCCCUCCAUCAUCAACCACGUCCGCCUGCUGCUGUGGGACCGCGACAGCCGGUCGUACUCCUACUACAUCGAGGUGUCGAUGGACGAGCUGGACUGGAUCCGCGUGGUCGACCAUUCCAAGUCCCUGUGUCGCUCCUGGCAGAACCUCUACUUCACCCCCAGGGUGUGCAGGUACGUGCGCAUCGUGGGAACGCACAACACAGUCAACAAGGUUUUCCACCUGGUGGCCUUCGAGUGCAUGUUCACCAACCGCUCGUACACCUUGGACAACGGCCUUGUGGUGCCCAAUGAGAACGCAGCAACCAUUGCUGCCUGUGCCAGUGUGGUGGAGGGCGUGAGCCGAAGCAGGAACGCAUUGCUCAACGGCGACACUCGUAACUACGACUGGGACUCGGGCUACACCUGCCACCAGCUGGGCUCGGGGGCCAUCGUCAUCCAGCUGGCCCAGCCCUACUCCAUCAGCUCCUUACGGCUGCUGCUCUGGGACUGUGACGAGCGCUCCUACAGCUACUUCAUCGAGGUCUCCACCAACCAGCAGCAGUGGACCAAAGUGGUGGACCGCACCAAGGUGGCCUGCCGGUCGUGGCAGACCCUGAAGUUCGAGAAGAACCCUGCUUCCUUUAUUCGAAUUGUGGGAACGCACAACACAGCCAAUGAGGUCUUCCACUGCGUCCACUUUGAGUGUCCGGCCCAGUUGGACUCGGAGAUCAACGAGGGCACCCCCGGCCCGCAGUGUCCAGAGGGGGGCGGCACCUCCUACCUCCAACCGCGACCCCCACGACCCUCACGCACACACAGUCAGGUCCCCACACAGCCCUCUUCGUCCUCGUCCUCCACCUCCUCCCAACCUAACCACUAAGAGAUACACCUCUCUCCUCUUCCUGCCAACCACUAAGAGAUCUCUUACUUCUUAUUGUCUCCUACUCCAUCUCUCCAUUGCCCUCAUAUCUUGAUAUAUACUCCACUCGGUACUUUGCCGUAACCCAAACCCAGUGCGAUUCGGUUUUUACCCAUAAUUCCUUGUUUGUGCUGGCUAAAACUCCAGAUACAGAACUGUAUACAUCCAUAGCAUUUCGCCAGUAUCACACGUUCACAUUUCUGAAACUGGGCGAAGGUCGACACUUCUUUUUCGUCGGUUAGCGUAGAGAUUUGUUUCGUCCGUGGUGAUUUAGUCCUACAUGAAGAUUACCAACUUGUGCGGGGCUAUAGGCGGAAAGGUUUAUCUAGGGAUUGAUACGGUUAUACCACUAAAAGAUAAAAAAACAACCCCCAGGGUAAGAAUUAUUUUCGGAAUUUACAUUUCCUAAAUCUAUAUCCACUUUGAACAUAUUUUUGCUACUUAAAAAAAGUGACCAGUCGUUACACUUCUAUCUUCAGAAUAUCAUCCCUGAAGACAAUUACUGUUUUUAGCCAACGGCCCCCUCCCCCCAUAUAUAGCCGGUGACUCCUAACCUGUAAGACCUACAUGCCAGCUAUUACUUACAACAGAAGAGGUGUCACUUGUUUUAAAAUGGCCGCUGCGUCUGUUUGUUACGACAGAAACAUGAUUGCCAAAGUUUUGCGGUGUAUGCCACCAUAGUUCAUAUCACGCAAACGGCACUUAAAUAUGCAAAUUUAUGCAUUUGGUCAAAUCGAUCAAGCUUCUCUGGUAACACGGUAUACUUUUAAUUGUUCGGCUCCGAAAUCUAAACUCAAAUGUAAAUCUUUUAUACUGAAAGUAUUUUUACUAGGCACUUGGAAUAUCUUAGCACAAACAUUUUCGGGGGAGAGGGGGUGGCAAAAAAAUGAAUCUGAGUUUGGAAACUUGGACCAAAUAGUUCGCACUGGGCCUUGGGGAUCUGAGAAAUGUAUUUAAGUAGUAAGACAAACGGCUGUAGAAGGCACUUUAACUGACGACAAUACUGACAAGCAGCUGCUGUGUGAAGUACAAUGCUGGCUUGCUAUCCAAUGGUAAACCUCUAUUGUUUUGGUUGUUCUAUUUUUUUGUUUGAUCGAAUGAAGCGUGCUGCUCUAAAUAUGUUGUAUGUUAAUUAAGUUCUCAAUCUGGUUGAUAUAACUAUUAUUGUUCUUAUUUUUGUUUAAAAACAGUUGAAGCACUUUGAGCUUUUAGUGCUGUGGUUUGCAUUUUUUUUUUGACCUGGUUCCGUUUUAGUUUACACCCCUCGCCUACACUCUUGCAGUGCACGUCAUGGAGUUGUUUAAGCUAUUUAUUUAACCUCCUGGGUUACUUUAAUGUUGGCAUUAAAAGCCCAAACAUGGACGUCUUUUGGGGCUCUGAACCCCCUUUUCCGGUAUCCAUGAUAGUAUUUCCUUUGGUCGAUAACCAGAGCUGAGGGAGGACUUCUUGGUUGACAUUGCUGUAGAAAAAUAACGUUUGAUUUAAUUCAUCCAAGGUCACUGUAUAUGUAUACAAAUAUAAAAUAUAUAACAACAAUAAUAUUGGGAAAGAAAUAAGUAAAGUAUAUAGGCCUAUUUAUUAUUUUAUUUUCCUUCAUAUUAUUGAUAGUAUUAUGUGUUACAGAUACAUUGGAAUGCUGCUUAAGCCACAUCCGCAUUUGAACUGUGAGGGCUUUUGGCUCAAUGUUAUUAUCCAUGAUUUAUUCCUAAAUAUUAGUAUUAUUUUUAUGACGAAGACAGUGUCUCGGUUACCAGAAUGAGAUGAUUCCACUCAACCGAAAGGGUGGGCUUAAAUGACUGGCCAUGCAGUCAAAAAGCUGUUUGAGAGCUGUGCAGGUCAGAGAUUACACACCAGGUUGAGUGUGAAGGCCUGUUGGGCAUUGCUGGGAACAUGAAAAUGCCCUGAACGCUGUUUGAACCCUCUGUUAAAUCUAGGCAAUCCAUAGCAAGGCUGCAGGCAGUUAUGGAAAUUAAACAACACAACUGUUACAGAGAACAGAAUUAAGAAAAACUGUUUUAAACUGUCUACUCAUCUCAUUCAAAUGUUAUGAUUUUUCUGGCUGUUAAUUAUCUAAAAUAUGUUCUGGUCCGUAAGCCCUGGUCAUCGUUAUUUCACUGCCUCUUAAGAAUGCAUUGCCUUUAAAAAAAAAGUUAUAAAUAAGUAUGAUCAAGUGUUUGUGCUUCAGGAUUGCUUUUCCUAUGCCACUGCUCUAUUUUUCUUCAAUGACUGCAGUUUGUUUAUGACCUAAAGUGGAGUAAGGAGUUGAUUCGGUUUGAUUAGACAUUAACGUUAUGAUACAAUGAUAUGUCAUGGAUCUUCCUUAAAUUCACUACUGCUUAUAUUUGUUUUGAUUGUUUUGGUUUUCUUUAUAAAAAAAAAUAUUAAAUAAGUGUUGGACCAAAUUA